AUGAUUACUGAUCUCGGCUGCCACCUGGAUAUUCCUCACAGUGCUUCCGAUGCGGAGCUGACGGCCAUCGACAUGGAAAUUAGAAGAAGAGUGUACUGGGGAGCCUACGUCGGGGACAAGUUCCAGUCUCUCUUUCUCGGCAGACCCCCCGCGAUGCUCGAAUCGGCCGGCAAGGUGUCGCGCGAGUAUCUUGACUCGUAUGAGGAGCUCGAAAUGUGGACGCCGUAUGUUGAUCCCCUCGUUGAGUCUUCCGACGCCACAGUUCCCGCUUACCCCGGGCGGCCAUCCUACGCGCUCAGCACCUUUCGUAGCUUGCUUCAGCUCUGCGACAUUGCCGCCCGAAUCAUAGACGCCUUUUAUUCGAUAAACAGUGCCGAGAUCUCCCAGGAUGCUCUGUUGGAAACGAGGCACGAUGUUAGGGAGCAGCUGAGCCAAUGGAAGAAUAACCUUUCUUUGUGGUUGAAAUAUGACCCCAGCACACAACCCACCCCGCCACCUCAUCAGGUUACACCCCACACGACUUACUGGACUCUGAUUAUCUUGACCGAGCAAGCCUUUCUGAAUCGCGGCCGUUUCAACUUUACUCUUGAUGAAGGAUGUCAAGAAGAAGCGAGGCAGAGGUGUCUGGAGGCAGCACUCCAGACCUGGAGACUUGUAGAAGCGUAUAGAGAUGCGUUCACGCUCAGACGUGCACAGUAUGGCAUAUCGUACGCCACGUAUUGCGCGGCCCUUGUCAUACUGCAGCACACCGACAAGGAGUACAUUGGGUGCUUGCGUUUCUUCUGGCAUGCACUUGUAGAGUACCAGCGAGGAUGCAACUAUGGAUUAAAGCGGCCAUUGAGGCUGCUGAAGUCCCUCAUGGACCGGUUGGAGACGGUAAUGCAGGAACACAAUACGGAGGAGGGUGAGGUUGCUGAUUGGCAGAAUUUGGAUGAAUUUCAAAUGGACCCGACUUCCGCUUUUGACCUCGAGUCUUUUGAUAUGGCUGCAGUAGACCCACUCGGUGGGCCGUCACUCGGCGCAACCUCUACUGACGGACCUUCUGCUCACAACAAUCCCAUUUUUGACAUUACAGAUGAUAUGAUCUAUGGCUUCUACAUGUAA